UACAUGCAUUGUUAAUUUCCUAUAAUAAGGUAUACCUCAGGCUAAGUAUUUUUUGACAAGGCAGUAUGGUCACAGCAAUUAACGACAAUUCUGUAUUUUCAGGUCAUUCAGCAACUAACUCUCGUGUUCUCGAUAACAGUAACUAGGGCUCUUAAUUACAGCCAUGCCAACGAUUCAUCAAGCGAUAAUUCGCCGUAAUCAACAACAAGUACGUCUCCUAGCAAAUGUGGGAUGCAACGUCAAUAAACUUGAUUCACGCAUGCGUACGCCACUACACCUUGUCUGCGAUCUUGACAAUGAAUUCUUAAGGGUGUCGUUGGGGCGUAUCUUGCUACGACAUGGGGCCGGAGUGGAGCAUAAAGACGAAUCCGGCAUCUCAGUUUUUAGUUACUGCUGUACAAAACAGUGCAUUAAGUUAGUUUCAGUCAUGAUAGAGGAGAGAGAGAUUCCGUGGCUUGAUAAAGACAUCCAUGGAAACACAGCUCUGCAUCAUGCGUCUGCUUCAGGAAAUCAAGUGAUAACAAAAAGGGUUCUUGAACAGAUGAGGAAAUACGGCUUGGAUAUUGAUCAGAGAAAUGACUUGGGUGAAACUCCACUGAUAUUAGCUGAAAGACUGGGGCAUGUCCAGUGUGCACAGUCACUCAGAGAAAGUGGUAAAGCGAGCACUGCUGCACGUGAUGAUCACGCGUUUAAAAAUGCUGACGAAUGGAGAAGAACGAGAACAACACGUGCAUCCCAGAAGCUAUCACCUUACUUUAGGUACUCCAGUUUGUCUACAAUAGUAGCGCACGAUUCGGUUACAGCAAAACCAAAACUAAAGUAA